GUCGCUGGUUUCGCUGCGAUACCACCCAAAGUUGGCGUCAACUCACCACCAUGACCACCGUGUCGCCUUUUGCUCGCAGCUCUGCGUUCGAUGAGCCUAGGAUCACUGGGCGUGAGCAGACCAUCGAGGAAAUGUACAGUGUACCAGAGAGCUUUUUGGAGAUUGAGGUUCGCAAUCCCCAGACUCACGGCUAUGGCCGUAAGAUGUAUACCGACUACGAAAUCGUUUGCAAGACCAAUAUUCCUGCGUUCAAGCUACGUCAUUCCUUGGUCAGAAGACGUUAUUCCGAUUUUGAAGCCUUCCGCGACGUCCUCGAGCGCGAAUCCACCCGCGUCAACAUCCCUCCCCUCCCCGGAAAGGUAUUCACCAACAGAUUCUCUGACGAGGUCAUCGAGAGCAGAAGGGAGGGCUUGGAGCGCUUCUUGAGCAUCGUCGCUGGUCAUCCUCUUCUGCAGACGGGCAGUAAAGUUUUGUGCGCGUUUUUGCAAGAUCCGGCUUGGGAUAAGUCUCAGUGGAUCUAAAUAACGAAUUAGAUCUCUUUACGCCCCUUUUGAUGCCUUAGCAAACUUGUUGGAUUUCUGUUUUCGCGUGGCCCCGUUUUAGUCAUUAUGCCCGCCCUUCCCUAUUCUUGUAUAUUUUAUAUUCGCGCUUUAUGCCUACAUUUCUGAUUGUGUCGUCUGAUUCCACUUUUCUAUUUUGCACCACGGUGUGAUGUGAUCUCGUAUGACCCUUCUAGCUUCUUCAAGACCUAAGAUUAUCCUUAACAGCUAUAGAGGUCUCUUUCACGAUCAGACUGGAUGUGCUAUCUAGGUAUACGCUACCAUGCAU